CAGACGAUUCGCAUCUAGAGUCUAACCUUUCGACCGAUCCGUCGUCAAUCAUCAAACUUCCCGACAUCUAGGAGCAGCCUUCGUACGACAGUUGCCCAGCAUGUCGCUCGUCUCGGGGGAGAAGUCGAACUUCCAGUUCAUUCUCCGUCUUCUGAACACCAACGUUCGUGGUCAGGAGAAGGUUAUGUACGCGCUCACCAAGAUUGGUGGUGUUGGUCGUCGUUACUCCAACAUUGUGUGCAAGAAGGCCGAUGUCGACCUGAACAAGCGCGCCGGUGAGCUCACCUCGGAAGAGCUCGAGCGUAUCGUCACCAUCAUCCAGAACCCCACCCAGUACAAGAUCCCCGGCUGGUUCCUUAACCGUCAGCGCGACAUCGUCGACGGCAAGGACAGCCAGAUCCUCGCCAACGGCGUCGCCUCCAAGCUCCGCGACGACCUCGAGCGCCUCAAGAAGAUCCGCGCCCACCGUGGUCUCCGUCACUACUGGGGCCUCCGCGUCCGCGGUCAGCACACCAAGACCACCGGCCGCCGCGGCCGUACGGUCGGUGUCUCCAAGAAGAAGGGUGGUUAAGCGUUACGUUACCGAGGAUGAUAAAAACAGGGGUUUGGGCGUGGGGGGGAAUCAAUCAUGGCGGCGCGAUACGGCUGGACAUUUUCUCUCUCCAUUCUCAUCACUUCUCAUGAUGACAAACUC